UUCCGUACCCGCAACCCGACCCCUCCAUCAGUCCUCUCCUUUCCCAAAAAAACAUCCCCACUUCUUUCUCUCUCCUCCCUCCCUUUACGUUGCUUUCACACCAUCCCUAUAUCCUCUCUCUCUCUCUCUCUCCCACCUCACCUUUCUAAAUUACAAAAAAUAAAGCAGCCAUUAAAACUCCAAAUUACCUCCAUUCUCACACCAACUUCCACUUUAGAUGACACUCCCAUUUCAACGGCUACAUUUCUUAAAAUUUAAGUGAUAACACCCAAAAAGAAAUACUAAUAAUGGACUCAAUUGCUGGCACCGAGAUUCGAUCCGUGAACUACCCAGAAUUUGGGGAUGAAUUUCAGAAGUUGAUAAUUGCUCCGGAAAAUGGAAAUUCCUUUACUGCUCUUCUUGAAUUACCCCCUACUCAAGCUAUGGAGCUUUUAACCGACGAUGACGGUGGUGGUAAUGGUGGUGGUAAUGGUGGUGGUGAGGUUGUGAAACGACACCGUGUUAGUGCUUACAAUCAUUCUCUCUCCUCUCUUCCUGCUUUCCCCUCUAAUCGCGCGUUAAUUGAACGAGCCGCUAAGUAUUCUGUUUUUGCGACGGAAGAUUCGCCGGAGUUUAAGGUUAAAUCUGAACCGUUGGAUAGUUGCUCUAACCCUAAUUCGUCUGAUCCUACGGCUGGUAGUGAGAGUGACAAAGAGAAAGAGAAGCCAUUGAAGCGCAAGGAGAGAGAAAAGAAGGGUAAAGGAUUGACGAAGAAGACCAAAACGACGUCGGAUGAUGGAGAGAAGCUUCCGUAUGUUCAUGUUCGUGCACGACGAGGUCAAGCGACUGAUAGCCAUAGCUUAGCUGAACGAGCGAGGAGAGAGAAAAUUAAUGCGAGGAUGAAAUUGUUGCAGGAGUUGGUCCCAGGCUGCAACAAGAUUUCGGGUACUGCAUUGGUGUUGGACGAGAUAAUCAAUCAUGUGCAGUACUUGCAACGUCAAGUGGAGUAUCUGUCAAUGAGGCUUGCCGCAGUUAAUCCAAAAAUUGAUUUCAAUCUUGACAGCCUAAUUUCGGGAGGAACUGAAUCUAUGGUGGACUGCAACCUUCCAAACAUGGCUAUGCCACUAAUGUGGCCAGAAAUCCAUGUCACGGGAGACAGACCACAAUUUCAACAGCAAUGGCAGCUUGAGUCUUUAAGUCAGCCAGUUUGGGUCAAGGAAGAGAACAACCGUAAUGUAGUUGCAUCAGAGAACUCACUUAUGACCUAUGACUCACCUGGAAAUUCAGCAUCAUUGCACUCAAGCCAGCUGAAAAUGGAACUGUGAAGGCCAUAAUGAAGCUUGUAUUGUAGUCAAUUAGUGUAUAUAUAGCCAGCAAAUAUGAUUAUGUUAGAAGUUUAGCCGGGAAGUAGACAAGAGUUUAGGCCUCAGAAUUUCAGGAUGGGGUUUCCAUGUCGUCUUCAUUAUUCAGAUAUGGACUGGAAACCCUCAAGAGUAGAUCUAGCUCGCUAGUUAAUCUACCUAUUUUACCAUACUCUACAUAUAUAUGUAUAUUUAUAUACCAACAUGAUGAAAGAUUCAGUCCCGAAUCUUGCGCGAGAUGGCUGAUCGAUUCUGCUGUCAAAAAGAGCGUUUAAGUUCAGUCGAUUCUCUGAAUCUUUACCUGGUUUUGCUUCAGAUGAAUGCUUAUUAUCAUGUGAAUAAAAUCAGUACUCAGUAGUGAUGCUUCUUCCUUUUUGCAAAACUCAUGUACUGAAAAACAGGGUGAAAGAUACAGCAUGAUGCUGCCUCUACUUAUUUAUUGUGCUCAGUUCAGUGUCCUUUUUAGUUAUCAGAGAAGCUUAUUGAUCUGAA